AUGAUACUCUUAUCCAUGCGCUCGCAAGACCCGAGCCCCAGCCGCCAGAGCAACGACUCUUAUAACCCUUCUCUCCCAGCCAGACGUAGGGACACCUCACCCCACACAUCCGAAAUUCGAAAACAAGUAGCAGGGGCAAUGCUGUCCGUCAUGCCAUCAACGAGGCCGGCAGCACCCAAAAGACCCAAGCUGUCUCUCCAAACCUCCACAUUGUCCUCGCCAGCAGCUCAAAGGUCAGCCGCAGUCACCAGCCUCUCUGCUUCUACAGAGUCUCCCACCAACCGGAACACUUUUGCGAACAUUCUUGACGCCCCUCCCCCUACACCGACGUCUGCCAUCCAACCCCAGGUUCAUUUCCCAUCCUCUUCGACUACUUCGUCCGCCUUCCCAGGAAUUUCUCCUUUCCAUAAUGACGCUCCUUAUAUCCUCCCCAUUGGCACUCACAGCAUCCUUCGCAACAGUCCCUUACCCCGACGGCAUGUAUCUGCUGCGUCAACCAGGGCGCCGAGACGGAUGUUCCCACCCGUGAAGCGAGUAGCCUUCCAAGAGAGACUAGUCGAGUUUAUGCCUACCCCAGUCAUUGAGGGACUUUCAGACUCUGAAGUCGAGACUUCAUCAACGGAAGAUGACCACAAAAGAAGACGAGAAGUCAUCGAAGCAGAGGACGGCCAUUCGACGCCUAUUCAUGGAAGGCGCAAAAGGCGAGAUUGGGUCUGGAGACCUGUGGAAGACGAUGCAUUGACAUCGCAUGAUCUUGUCUCCGUCGGAAAUGACGCCGGGGCUCCACCAGUGCAGGUACAAGUCGAUGUAAUAAAUGUGCAGCCUGGCUCGGGGACGGGGAAAGACGAUGUUGCCGCAAGGCAAUCCUCGACAAGGGAAUCCUCAACACGGGAACGAGGAUCUACCAAUUAG